AUGACACAGAUUCGCCGCAGCGGGCGCGCCGAGCCUAUCGUGCACUCCGUCAAGCUCCAGACUGAAAUCUGCCACCUGACCAUCCAGCGCUACGAGGACCGUCUCGUGAUGCUCGACGAGGACGAAAAGUACAUCAACUCGCUGAUGAUCCAGCUGGACGAGCUCGACGUGAGCAGCGACGAGUACUACCAGUUCAUGAGCCAGCUCAUCAUCGUCUGGAAGGAGAUGGAGGAGCUGAAGGCGAAGAUUAAGGUCCUGAAGGAGGAGCUGUCGAAGUUGAUGUUGAAGGAGUUGCUGGAUGAGGUCUAG